GCGGAGAGGGGGGGGGCGGGCGCGAAUUCACCCUCCCUCGGCCAGCGAGCGAGCGAGCGAAAGAGCGCGCACUGUGUGUCCGUGCGUGCGUUUGUGUUUGUCUGUAACAGUGUGUUUGUGUGUUGUGUGUUGUUGUUUGUGUGCGUGUGUGUGUGCGUGUGGUUACUUUAUUGGUUGAGCGUACGUAGUAGAGGAGGCGACCCGGGAGGCUUGGCGCUGUCGAAUUGGGCAUAUCGAAGGACGAGGAAAGGAUUGGGAGAGGCAUUGAUUAUUCAUUAUCACGUCGAGUCCAGCUUCGGCAUGAGUAACUCCAGUUCCGGAGGUGACUCUGCAGGUGCAAUGAGUCUAGAGGAAACUAUUCGCGAUGUUCGGGAAAGAGUUUGGAGCAUCGGGGAUGCGGCAAUGAGAGGAAUUGCAGAAGUCCUCAUUGAGUUUGGGCUGAGCCCCGAAAUUGUUGGUUACUCACUGCCAGCAGCAACACCACAACUGCAACUUAGCUGCGGGGGCAACAGCUCAGCAAAGCACCCGGUGACGCUGCACAGGCAAAGCAACUGCUUAUCACCAAAGCGACUGCAUGGAACGACGGCGCAAGCAGAUGUGAAAGCAGACUGCCAGCGGGGGGGGCAACAGCUCAGCGAAGCACCCGGUGACGCUGCCCAGCAGAUGGGCGACAUGGCAACAACACAGCGAAGCACAAGGCAGCACUGUCAAAGGAGGACGAAGUACAGAGAUGGGCAGCAAGGCAAAAGCACAGCGGAGCACAGGGCAACAACAUCAAAGCGGUCAAACUACGGCAAGACACCAGCUGCAAAGAUCGACACGGGGAGCAAACGGGAUGCACAGCAGGGCAACAGCGGAGGACAGACAAUAGCCUUGAACAUGUUUAUUCGCGGGCCUUGCUCUGGCCAAUGGACAACCGAUUCAGGACCAGACAACCUUUCCGUUUCUCAGAUUCUCCAACAUCUUCGCUUUGUUGUAGAUAAUACUUUUCUGUACGCUAGAGAUGACACUCUUCGAAAGCAAAUCAUUGGUAUUCCAAUGGGAACAAAUGCUGGCCCAGAAAUCUCCAAUCUAACGCUCUAUUGGGAUGAAGCACUCUUUAUUGACGACAUUCGUCAACAUGAUCCCCAAGCUGCUCAGCGAUACGCCUUCACUUACCGCCUCAUUGAUGAUGUUCUUUCAUGGGGGCAAUUACCUCCUCCUUCAGAGCACUAUGAGCUCGAGUGGAAGGAAAUUACGGCUACAGAUGGCUUGUGUACCUUUUUAGGUAUGCAUCUACGGGUACGUUCUGAUGGUUCGCUUCGCAUGAGCGUGUUUGAUAAAGCGGCUGCUUGGGAUUUCCCUGUUAUUCGCUAUCCAAGUGCUACCUCCAACAUCCCUUCCCAUCAACCGGCAGUUCCCACUGUUGCGGCUCCCACCGCCGCCGCUUCCACCGCUGUGGUCUCCACUGCUGCUGUUUCUACUGCUGCUGUUUCAACUUCGGGUUUCACUCCAGCAGUUUCUGCUGCGGAAGUUGCCUCCGCUGCUCGUCCUGUCACUGCUUGUUCAUCUGCUGCUAAUGCAGUUCCCACUGUUGCGGUUCCCACCGCCGCCAUUUCCACCGCUGCCGCUUCCACCGUUGUGGUCUCCACUGCUGCAGUUUCUACUGCUGCUGCCGCUGUGGUCUCCACUGCUGCUGUUUCAACUCCGGGUUUCACUCCAGCAGUUUCUGCUACUGAAGUUGCCUCCGCUGCGGUCCCUGCUAUGGAAGUUGCCUCUGCUGCGGUUCCUACUACAACAAUUGUCUCUGCCGCGGUUCCACUUUUUACCACUUCCUCUACUUCUGUACCUCGAAUUUCUCAUGCUAUAGUUUUUACUGUGGAUGCAGGGUACAGUCACACACAAUCUUCGGGUGGGUACGGUGCUGAAGAUGACGGCGGGGAAGAUGAAGAGGAUAAGAAGGACAAAUAGAAAGCAGUCGGGAUGACUGUUGCUAUGAGUGUUGCAGGCCUUGCUGGUCCCUUUGGUUUGUUUGUGGGCAUGGGUGGAGGGGGAGUGCUCAUGUGACAGCAAGUGGGGGAGGUGUUGGUGAGGAGAGAAGGGAUGACGUAGGUAGCAGUAAUACAGUACGCGGGUUGAAGUCAGGAGUUUGCAGUCUAUUCAUAACGUCGUCAUCUGGAAUCAGAAAAAGGACAUUAAAAAAAUCAUGCUUUUUUUAGGGGACAUACUGAGAGGUCAGAUCCAGGGGGGGGGGGGGGGGGGCYCCCACACUUGUUGAGGUUUUUCGAAAGGCGAGAGGUGUAUGGAUGCGUGGGAAAAACGGCACACAAGGAAGAUGGAGGUCAUCAUUCUGUUGAUUGCUUGAGGAUGAAAGGUUUUUCGAAAGGCGAGAUGUGUUUGGAUGCGCGGGAAAAAGGGCAUGCAAGGAAGAUGGAAGUCAUUCUGUUGAUUAUGCAAGACAUGCCAUUGGUCAAUCGACUUGACCUUCAAAUUUUGAAUCAAUCGUCUCAACCGGCCAAGGCGCUUGCAGAGCGAUUCGCGCAUCAUCAUCAACCAAGAGGGUUGUGCGUAGUGAUAGAGGGCUCUCGUCAAUCAGCUGGUCUGUUGGAGCAAUUGGUGGUUAUGGUUGUGAUCAGGAAUGAUGGAAGGGGAAGGUGCAGGGAGCUCCACUAAGGAGGAGGAGGUGCUCGGCAUUUGCUUUCCCUGUUGGUGUCGACUGGUCGAUGAGGAUAGUUUGUGAUCAGCAUGCUUGUGCAUGAAAACGAAAUGCGUAUGUAAGUAAGGCUGAUUGCUGAUCUGUUUUUUUUGUUUUUUUUUUGGAUGAGAAAGCGUUGGUUAGACUGCUAGACAGUUUUCGAGACAGUUUGCGAACGUGGAGUGAGAGAUUUGCCGGGUCGGCUUGGGUUGGGUUGGGUUGGAUCUAAUCUUGCCACCCCCAUUGCUUGCUAAGAUGGGUCGGAAUAGUUUUGUUCGGCAGUAGGGUAGGGGGACGUGUUUUCCUGUCCACCCGACGUUUUUUGUCUAUCGCAUAGACGGGCGCAAGGGCGCAAGGUUGAGGGUUUUGAAGUUGAAGUGCAUCGUCAGUGUGUGUGGGGUUGUGUGUGCCAGUCAGUUUACUUGACCGUUGUCACCGGCCUAUGAUUUUCAAAAGUGUGUAGCACCUGCAGAUUUCCUCCAGAGUUGGAUGUGCAGACUGGUGGGAGGGUAUUUGGGACAUAUCAGGAUUGCUGCCGAUGAGAGGCAGCGGGCGAGGACAAGAAUCGAUGAAGAUGGUGGUCGGAGGAUGAGUUUAUGGUGGCGAAGGCCAAAGGGGACCUUGCUCGUGUCUGAAGUCCCGCGCGUCCACCAGGAGGAUGGAAGCUUGGGAGGAUGAACACGGCGUAUUUUUGUACAUAAUGAAUAGAUGUGGGUUGGUGAGAAGACUACAUUUUCUCAUUUGAUUCCUUUUGGCAUCUGAGACUUUGCUUAUGUGUUUCUCUCUCUCUCGAGUCUUUUCAACUCUUUUGAGUCUUUUCUCUCUCUCUAUUCCUUUUUUUUUUUCGUUUUUUUUUUUUUUUGACUUCAACUCUUUUCUCAAAUUCUUCAACUUGCAGACAACUGAUCCUGUGGAGGGCAGCAGGUUAGCACAGCUUGAAGAGU